GCUGUGGCGGGGCCGCAAGUGGGGGCGCGGCGCGGAGGUGCCAGUGGGCUAGGCGGCGGCUGCUGCGAGGUGGCGCCCCGGUCCGAAGCCGGAGCCGAGCGAACCGCAGCGGAGCCCGGGCCCGGUGCGCGGCGGUGGGGCUGCAGCGGAGGACGAUGGCUGCACCCGCAGGGGCCAGGGCAGUGAUUGCAACCCCAGACCGCAGGCGCUGUCUGUGGUCGGUGCUGGCGGCGGCGUUCGGGUUCUUGACCGCUGGCGUGUCCGCCCUGGAGGUGUACACCCCGAAAGAGAUGUACGUAGCCAAUGGGACGCAAGGGAAGCUGACAUGCACGUUCAAGUCUGCGAACACCACCAGCAUGCUGACCACAGUGUCCUGGAGCUUCCAGCCGGAGGGGACGGACACCUCCAUGUCGUUCUUCCACUACUCCCAGGGGCAGGAGUACCCCGGGAAUUACCCGCCCUUCAAGGGCAGGAUCAGCUGGGCUGGAGACCUGGACAAGAAAGACGCCUCCAUCAGCAUAGAGAACAUGCAGUUCAUCCACAAUGGCACCUACAUCUGCGACGUCAAAAACCCUCCCGACAUCGUUGCCCAGCCUGGACACAUUCGGCUGUACGUCGUGGAGAAAGCGGUGCUGCCCGUGUUUCCGGUUUGGGUGGUGGUGGGCAUAGUGACCGCUGUGGUCGUGGGCCUCUCCCUGCUCACCAGCGUGGUACUGGCCGUCCUCUACCGAAGGAAGAGCUCUAAGCGGGAUUACACUGGCUGCAGCACCUCAGAGAGUGUGUCUCCGGUUAAGCAGGCUCCGCGGAAGUCCCCCUCCGACACAGAGGGUCUAGUAAAGAGCCUGCCGUCUGCAUCUCACCAGGGCCCCGUCAUUUACGCGCAGCUAGACCACUCCGGCGGGCCCCGCAGCGACAAGGUCAACAAGUCUGAGUCCGUGGUGUACGCGGACAUCCGGAAAAAUUAAGACAAGGCCCAGGCCGUGUCCCAAGCAAGAGACAAAGUCACACUGGACUCUGGUGUGGAAACGCAGCCCGUCACCACCUGUGGCCUUGGAUGAGGACAAGCACACGGAGGGAGCGGAAGACGUGUACAAAGGACGUGUGUAAAUAUUCUAUUUAAUCUUCUGAGUUGCGGAGCCGGUGGUGCGUGCCGAGGAGAUGGUCUGCGUGUGCAUAAAUACAAAUCGUCUGGCUGCUUUUCGUACUUCUUUGCGUCCAGGGUCGUGUGCAGCUGGGGGAGGAAGUUCGGCAGCAUCCUGUCUCCAUCGCUUGGGUGUGGUUUGCCCUCACGGAGACGUAGGGAUCUUUUCAAGUCCCAACAGACAUGGCCCUUGCACCCAAGGGCUGAACCAGUCUUAGCUGUUACUGUGGUCGGAGAGUGAAGGCCCUCCGAGGGACACACGCCUGGGGUGGCCUGUCACCCACUGCCUGCUCCGACUAUUGGGGGGUAGUUUUUAGGGGACAUCUGUGAGCUAUGCCAUUUGGGGACAAUUUGAGAAAUUUCUGUUGAUGUUUUUUCUCUCUGAAACACAGCAUUUUCACUCUCUCUGCUGUGCACUUGGACUUGAAAGCUUUCCUCCUUCCACCUCAGCGGCUGCAUUCGUUGUAGCGAGAGCAGCGUAGGGGACGGCCAGAGGUCAGGGCUUCCUCGGCGGUUUAGGCCAAUGCCAUCUACACGUCCUCAAAGAAGGACAUAGGCCUUGCCUGAGAAGUGGGGCUGGUGCCUGUUAGAUUCUUUCCAGAGUCCUCCUGCUGGGGACCAGGGUCCCUGCACGGCCGAGGAGCGGAGGUUCCUUUCCUCCUAAGGCAGCAGAAACAGGGUCUGGGGGGGGUGUCAGCAGGAGCCCAGAGCGCUUCCUGGGGAUCCAUCUCCUUUCAGACGCAUCAGUCUCAGUUUGGCGCUGCCUCCGGACCCCUGAGGUUGCAGACUGGCUCAAUUUUUAGGUCAGCACGUACGUAGCGCUAGUACUUCUGCUUUGGGGCUCUUCUCGUCCUGUUUUUUUGUUUGUUUGCUUGUUCACUUUCCACAUUUGUCCCCGUGGGGGCAAGCAGUGGACCAGAUGAGGGACUCUCUCAGCAGCUCGGGUAUCCUCCCCGUAACUGGUUUUGUCCCACUGGCCACCCCCAACCCCACCUCAAACCUGAAAUUUCUCUUUUUCCCCCGAAAGGACAAGCGAAGUGAAAUCAUUAAACCCUAAUGUAUAUUGGCCAUUCCUCCAUUUGCGGGAUUACUUGGUAGUAAAAGCAUUGUUUUAAUUUAAAGUGCUCCAAAAGCCUGCAGUUCUGGGGAGGUCAAGGGCAUGCUGGGGCACGUGGGGACAUUCCUUUCUUUCCCCUUCAACUUGAGGUUGGUCAUAAGCUGCUUCCUUUUCCUCAAGGGCAUCUGCCUCCAGUGAGGGAGCCUGGAGGCCGGGCUCCGAGGGGACCCUUAGGGGAUCAAGCUGCCCGUGCACAGCACAACCGAACGAGGGCACGAGGCUUCCCAGCCGCCUGCAGACUGGUGGUCUUCAGUUUUCCGAGGAGCCACCGGUUCUUCCUGUCUGGCUGACACUCCCUCUGCAGGCACGGGAAGGGGCUCCGCAGUCACACUCCAUACCUGCGGUGUCCUGCAGCUGGGGACCGGCUGCUGCGGGGCCGUGUGUGGCCGGAGGAUUUCCUGCACCCUCCGCCCUGCUCCCGGGCCCAGCGCCAGUGAGGGACGCGGAGUGCUUGCCCUGAGACGUGUCCGCAGGGCCCUGGAUCUGGUCCCCCUGGACCCCUGGAACUUCCUGCAUUCAGUUUGAAAACAGGAGCAGUCAGCAGCCCUCUGAUGUGUGUGGCUGGGGUCAGGGGAAGGGGAAGGGGAAGGGCGGGCUGUGGAACUGUCUGCACUCUCCAAACGGACGCAAACAGUGCUCUGGUGAGCCUCUGUCUUCCAGGAAGAAAGGACACACCUGGUCUCGAGGCCAGGUGUGCGGUCUCCGUUUAACACUGCCCGACAGCCGCUACUUACAGAGAAAAGGGGUGCUGUCCUCUCGCCCUCCCUCCCCAGGCCCUGUGAGCACACUGGGCACUCCUGGCGGCCCUGACAGCAAGCGCGCCCACUUCUCCUCCGACCCCCAGCAUCCGCGGGCACCCCCAACACCCACCGACUCCGGCUGCCUCCCUGCCCUCAGCUCCCCUCCUGCCUGACCUGUGACCUCCCCACCCAGCCAGCCCCACCCCCGCCCAUCCGUCAGCACCUGGCAGAGGUCCCCCCAGCCACCUGUUCUGGCUCCCGGACAGGCUCCUCUGGGGAAGUGGCUCACACCUGGUCCCACUUCCUCCUCACACCACCUGCUGUGGGUCUUGGGGGCCUCCCCCCUGUGUCCCCAAGGUCCUGUCCCUGGCCACAGAUGGCAACAGUGGGGCUGCUUCUAAAUGAGAGUCCUUUUCCCAUCUCACUGGCGGAACAAGACCUCGUAAAAGCACACGUGACUUCUGAGAGGCGGCACCGGAAAGCGAUGACUUAGACACUAAAUUCCAAACCCGCCGUAGCUGCUCAGUGGGUCUGUGUCUCCCCAGGGAAACCCACCAAGUCCAUUAUUUGUUGUUUCCUUAGCCCAUCGUUGUACUUUUGUGAAUAUUUUAAUACAUCUUUUUCAAUGACUGAA